GCUCCUCAGACUUUCCACCAUCUCGUCCUGCUUCCGCGAAAUCCACGAUGCCUCUCCUUCUCCGGCCCCAAGCACGAUUGCUAUUCUGCCAAUUCCAGCGCCGCACAUACUCCGCCGCACCAGGACCCGUCAUCAACGUCACAAGCGUACCAGCACCGCAUUGCGGUAGCAUCCGCAUCCUCUCGCUGAACCGGCCCGAGGCGCGGAACGCCAUAUCGAGGCAAUUGCUAGCCGAACUGUCGCACCAGGUCAACAGCAUACACAAUGAAGGAGAGGCCGGAGCGACAAGGGCACUGAUUCUGGCAAGCGACGUGGAUUCGAGCUUCUGCGCUGGUGCCGAUCUCAAAGAACGAGCGGGCUUCACGCAGGAGGAGACAGCCAACUUCCUGGCCUCGCUACGCGCAACCUUCACCUCGAUCCAAAAUCUCCCCAUCCCUACCAUAACGGCGCUCGCAGGCCCCGCAUUCGGAGGCGGCCUGGAAAUGGCCCUCACAACUCACAUGCGCGUAUUUGCUUCUACAGCGACUGUAGCGCUGCCCGAGACGCGGUUGGCCAUCAUUCCCGGCGCAGGAGGAACAUAUCGACUCCCCGCUCUGAUCGGCCUCUCUCGCGCUCGCGAUCUGAUCUUGACAGGACGUCGGGUCGGCGGACCUGAAGCAUACUUUUUAGGGCUAUGCGAUAGGCUUGUAGAAGUCACGCCGGAGGACGCACAGCAGCCGGGUGCUGCGCGGUCGAAGGUGCUAGAGGAGGCUGUGAAGCUGGCGAGGGACAUCUGUGAGGGCGGGCCUAUUGCCAUUAAAGCGGCGCUGGCAGCCGUUGAGGGCUGCGCUCUGGGAGAGAAGGCGGAGAAUGCGGCUUAUGAGGUUGUGGUGAAGACGAAGGAUCGGGAUGAGGCCUUGGCUGCGUUUAGGGAGAAGAGGAAGCCGACGUUCAGGGGGCAUUGAAUAUAAGACGAGAAAAUGAAACUAUUACUGGUCUUGCAACUGCAUAAUCAGGUCCUCGGGACUCGGUGCUCACAUUCCAACUACCGUUUCUCUUAUCACUUCACAUCUUCGAUCUCAUCUCCUCCA